AUGGCUCCUCCCACAAGACACUCCUCUCGCUUAGGCGGUGUUGCGAUGGCCACUGCUGGCAAGGAAGACGAAAACGCGGGGGCAAACUUGAUCGGCCGCCAGCCUGCUGGUAAAGUCCUCAGAGCACGCAAGGAUCUGGCCUCGAUGGCUACCAAUGGCUCAACCAAAGCUAUCUCCGUCACCUCAAAAGCUUCGGGCGUAUCGACAACCAAUACCCGCAAGAGGAUCUUAGACGACCGGACCAACAACGUCAAAAUGACUUCUACAGCAUCUAACGCUAAUGCCAAACCGACGACCAAAGCCGCCCCACUGACGCGCAAGAACUCUAACGCAGCGGCCAAAAAGCCCAUGAUGGUACUAGACGAGCUCAAACCCGCUGAAGUCUCCGUCAAGCGGACAAUCAAGCCGAUCAAAAAAGAAUCCUCCACUCGGCCAGUCACACGCAGAGCUUCAGGCGCCGACGCCCAGCAACACGCCAACCUGGGCGACCUCGCCGGCCCCUCCGGACAGGGCAAGGCCGCAGCAUCCAAACCAGCAGCUAACCGGCGCAACGCUUUACGUCUCCACAAGGCCGCCGCGUCCACCUCUACUGACAACGGCCUGCUAGAACCCUACGACGCCGGCCAUGUUGCCAAGAAAGUCCGGACCAGCGAGCCCGACGACAUCUGCAAGGAGAACCUGGCGGAGCAAAACUUGGCCAAGCAGAAACCUUCCAAAAAAGACGCCACUCGGGCUGGCAAAUCUCAGCUCUCGCACAUCCAGCAGCAGAUUGCUGAGCAAGACUGGGAAGACCUUGACGAGGGCGAUGAAGAAGAUCCGCUGAUGGUCAAAGAGUACGUUGUUGAAAUCUACCACUACAUGAAGGAACUGGAGAUGCAAACACUUCCUGACUCGCAAUACAUGCAGCGACAAGUUGAAUUAACUUGGAAGAUGCGCGGCGUAUUGGUGGACUGGAUCAUCGAAGUGCACUCGAAGUUCCGCCUGCUCCCGGAAACGCUGUACCUGGCGAUCAAUCUGAUGGAUCGCUUCCUGACCAAGCGAUCGGUUGCUUUGAUCAAGUUCCAACUCGUCGGCGUCACCGCGCUCUUCCUGGCCUCCAAGUACGAAGAAGUGAUCUGCCCGAGCGUGACCAACUUCUUGUACAUGACUGAUGGCGGCUACGACUGCGACGAGAUCCUGAAGGCCGAGACUUACAUGCUCGAGAUGCUCCAAUGGGACCUCCGUUACCCCAACCCGUUGAACUUUCUCCGCCGAGUAUCGAAGGCUGACAACUACGACAUCCAGAGCCGCACGUUUGCCAAGUACUUCAUGGAGAUCUCGAUUGUCGACUACCGGCUCGUAGCCACCCCUCCCUCUCUCCUGGCGGCGGCGUCGAUCUGGCUUGCCAGGAAACUGCUCGGCCGGGGGCCCUGGGACGCCAAUCUGCGCCACUACUCCGGCUACGACCAGGCCGAAAUCCUGCCGACUGCCCAGUUCAUGCUCGACUACAUCCUCCGCUCCGGGUGUAAGAACCUCGGCAUGGGCUUGGACCCCAACUUUGUCAUCCAGGCCAGCUACGAAGGCGGCAACGAACACGCCAACCUGUUCAAGAAAUAUGCCACCCGCAAAUUUUUCCGAGUGAGCGAGAUCGUCCGUGAUUGGGCUGUGGACCGAUACACCUUCGAGACCCCGACGGGCUACGAAUGGGACAAGCUCGAGGAAUGGAGCAGCUCCUCCAAGACAGCCAAGAAGCGCGCCACCGCCGCUGGCGCCCAACGUGCCGCCCGCCGCCCUGAGCUUUCCGACGAAAUCGAGGACGACGAAUAUUGA